GAUUAGUUUAAGUUAAACAUCCAUCCAUCCAUCCAUCCUGCGCUCAUGGCCGCAGCGGCAGCGGCCGCCGCCGCCGGCGGGGUUUGGUUCUCCGCUCCGGCCGCUCCGGCCGCUCCGGCGCAGGACGCGCCGCGGCUCCAGGGACGCAGGAGGGGGGACGAUCCCGGACCCGGACCGGGUCCGUGCGCCUCCAUCCCGGCGCAGUCCUGCUACUAUCACUCGGGUAAAUCAGAGAUGGACGGCUACAUGUGUGCACAUCCACAGGAAGUUGUGAAUCCCAAAAUGUUGUGCAGGGACGGUUCGCACCCGCUGGAAACCUCGUUCACGGAGGACUUGGGCUCUCCGUACAGCGUCAACAUGAGCCUGCUGCUCUCCGACGUCUCGUACCUGCGGCCCGGCCUCCCCAGGACUCUGAGGCCGAUCAAAACUGAGCCGCCUCACGGCCCGAUGCAUCAUCCCGGCUGCCAGGGCGGCCGGCUCCCGGAGCCCCCCCCGGAGUACCCGGGCGUUUUCAGGACGACCGACGCUCCUGCUGGCGGCUUCUACAUCAAACAGGAAGUGACAGAUUUCCAGGACAUCCCGCUUUUUCAGCUCUUGAACUCUGAUCUGGAUCCGCUCCCCCACGGAUCUCAGGUGAACUCUGUCGCCCCGUUGAGUCUUCACAGAGGUCUGGGGGAAUCCAAACCUCCCAACGGCCUGCAGCAUCAAUGUCUAUCCCUGAAUAAACACCUGCAGGUGCAUCAGCUGGGAUCCUAUCUGCCGCCGUCGCCCCCCAACUCCGAGCCCCCGAGUCCGGACCGGGGCAGGAAACUGAUCCACGCCCUUUCCCCGCCUCCCUCCUACGAAGCCAGCAUCGCCUCUAAGGUGCAGUUUCAGCCCCGUAACUCCGUCGAUGUCGGACAGACGUCCAGGGCGGCUCCGGUUCAAACCCAGGACCGGACUUACACCCCUGGGUUCGUCCGGAGUCCGAGUGCCGGACCGACCCGGCCCUCCAGCCCGACGCCACCCGGGGCCACGGCGGGUAUCGGUCCCCCGUCCCCGAUGUCGGCACACUCGGCUCCCGUCAAGUACAACCGGAGGAACAAUCCGGACCUGGAGAGGCGGAGGAUCCAUCACUGCGACGUCCCAGGUUGCAAGAAAGUGUACACCAAGUCGUCUCAUCUGAAGGCUCAUCUCCGGACCCACACAGGUGAGAAGCCGUACCGGUGCUCCUGGGACGGAUGCGAGUGGCGCUUCGCUCGCUCCGACGAGCUAACGCGGCACUUCCGGAAGCACACGGGCUCCAAGCCGUUCCAGUGCGGCGUCUGCAGCCGCUGCUUCUCCCGCUCAGACCACCUGGCGCUGCACAUGAAGAGGCACCAGAGCUAGAGACGCUGGUCCUGAGGACUAAUCCACUUCCAGGUGAAGACUCUUCAGAGGACUGCCACUAUCUGUCUCUGUAAUUGUUAAAAGAUUCAGUAUUACUGUUGCCUUAUUUUUAUUUCUCCUGACUCGGGGCUGGUCACGUGUUUCAGUUCAAGAUCCCAAGCCAAACACGAUGCACGAACAUCACAUACAUGAA